CGUCGCUCCAGCCACACCUCUUGACUUCAUUGAUGCUUUUCACGGUCAUGACUUUCCAGCUUCAGUACUUCUCCCUCGCAUUUGCUUACCAAUGUUCCUAAUUUUUGGAUUUUCCUCGAGCAGUUCAGCGCGCAAAUAGUGUGGUACCUCGCCUGCAAAAGCAUAAGAUUACAGGACAGGACCGAGCCUUGCGCAGUGUGCAGGAGGUUCCAUCGGUGAUCCUCAUGACCGUUUGUUUGGUCAAGGUAGCAGACCAGACGUGAAGCGGCCUGUCACACGAAGCCGCCAUGGCACUCCCGGCUGGCCGCACGGCGUACAAGAAGAAAGAUGGCAUCCUUACCUUGACGCCAGAUCAGCAGACAGUGACAUGGACGCCCAACACUGGGGGCCCGGCGCAGGUCUCCCUCAGCGUAGCCAAUGUCACAAAUCUUCAGCAAACGCCAGACAGUGCAGCAAAGACAAUGCUCAAAGUGUUCGCCAAACCAUCGGAAGGGGGCGAGCCUGUGCCAUACCUCUUCCAUUUCAACACUUCUGAGGCCAAGGACGAGGCAAAGGCCGUGAGGGAUCUGCUGUCGCGGCUACUCGCGGAGAUGAAGAACAGCGAUCCGAAUGUACCAACGCCAAAUGUAGGGACUCCGAAUACCCAGGCCAACGGCAAUGGUGGCAGUGGCGCUUCAGGUUCAAUGGCUUUCGCCAGCGCGGUAAACAAGUCACAACAAGCAUCUCUGCAAUGGUUUGACGACAGCCAGCUGAAGAACAACUAUGAGCUCCAGCAAUCCCUUAUGAAAAAGGAUCCGAGCCUUCACCGAACGUACAUGGAGGCCAUGGCCAUGAAACCAGACACAAUCACAGGCUCAGCGUUCAAUACCCAAUUCUGGUCCACGAGGAUCAACAUGCUUCGAGCGCAUGCCAUCGAGACGAGCCAGAAAGGGGGGCAGUACAACGUCCUGUCCACUGUCCGCGCAAAGUCAGAUAACGGAGAGCUCAAGUUGAAUCUCACAGUAGAGCAGAUCCAGAUGCUCCUCGCUCAAUACCCUCUCAUUCGGCGCAUCUACAAUGAGAAUGUGCCCCCGAGAUCCGACAAAGACUUCUGGGUCGAAUUCUUCACCAGUCGGCUGUGCACGAGGUUGCGCGGCGAACGCGUCGAGGAGAAUGCCAACUUCUCUCCGCUGUUUGACAAGCACGACAUCAACGAGAACACACCUAGUUAUCACAGCAAAAUCAUGGCACAGAAUGUACCUCACAUCAUCGACAUUGAAGCGAACGAGGAGAAUCAGGGCGGCGUUAGAAGCGGCAACAAGAAAGAUGUGGAAAUGCGUCCGAGCAAGCACGUGGCCAUUGUGAAGACGGUCAACAGCGUGAGCGAAAGAAUCAUGGCUAAUGUUGCGCCGUCCGACCCCAAUGACGAGGUUGCCAACGAAGCGUACACGCAGCUAGGCCUUCGAGAUCUCCGGGGGCCGGAAGAGGAACACCGAAUCAUGCUCAACGUGAAGGAACAGAACAAACUCUUCGCCAAGCGUGAUGCAGCCCCUUCUUCCAACGCACAGGUCUUUGCGAAGCAGAAUCCGGAUGAUGUCUUGUUUGACAUACAAGCCGAUCUGGCGACGCUUGUCGAGGACGGCGUUGGUGGUCUUGACUUGGCUGCAGGAAUCGGCUUCAACGACGAUAGCGAGAGUGACGAGGAAGACAAUUCCCCGGCGAAGCGUAAUCACGUUGGCUCUCGGUCGAUACUUCGAGUGGCGGAGAAGGAAAUCCUGCACGGCAUCAGCCAGCAGCGGGCGCAGCAGUACGGGCAUGCGAGCGAUGACACGACACCAAUGGGACUCUCUAGGGCCAUGGCCGAUCGGUGCUCCCUGACGCAUGCCACUACAGUCGAGUUCCUGCAUCAGUUUUGGUCCGCAUUUUUGUCUGGGGAUCCUGAUAGAGCAGCAGAGCUGCAGUAUCUCGCAGAGUCCCUCGCCAAAUCCAUUGACCGCAUCAACGUUGUCGCCGAAGAAGCCACCAAGGAGCGGGAGGAGCUCAUCAAGAAGAGAAAACAAGACAUCAGAGACCACUACGAGCGAACGGGUAAGAAGAUCCGCUGGAAGUCUGACAUGGUCGAAGGUGGAAGGGAGGCAGUCAUCAAAUUGAUGCAACCGGUAUUGGAUGCAAUUGACGGCGCUCGAAGCAAAUAUGCAGAUGCAUUGGCAGCGGAAGGUAUCAAGGUGUCAACAGAAUCAUGAGAUAGCUCUUCAUUCACGACUCCAGCGUUGGCGCCGAAUGAGUCUGUGGUUUUGUACAUUAUCUUCAAAUUUAGAAUAAAAAACCAUCAAAGGCCAUGGCGCCUUGAUAUUAGCGGUCUAUCCGCUACGAAUGUGUAUAAAUUAUCGCUCCUA